AUGAGAAAGGCUAAGGUUGUGUGUAGAGAGCUGGGCUGUGGGAAUGCUGUAGCUGUAUCUAGAGGACCUCUGGUUGAAGAUGGAAGAGGAGGAGCCACACUAUGGAGUAGAUGCAGUGGAGAUGAGUCUACUAUUAGAGAGUGUGAAGCAGCACCUGCUGACUGUUAUGGUGGAUAUUAUCAUCAUGUGAUCUGUUCAGAGUUUGUGCAGCUUGUGGAUGGAGAUGGUCUCUGCUCUGGGAGACUGGAGGUGAAGUCCAAUCAGUCCUGGGCCUCAGUGUGUGAAGCUGACUUUGACCAGCAGGAUGCAGAGGUAGUCUGUGGGGAGCUUGGCUGUGGGGCUCCUGCAGCUCUACAGGGGGGGCUCUAUGGAGAAGGUGAGGGUCAGACCUGGGAUAAAGAGUUCCAGUGUAAAGGCAAUGAGUCCCUUCUCCUGGACUGUGACACCUCAGACAGAAAAAACAACACCUGCCUACCUGGUAAUGCUGUUGGACUCACCUGCUCAGAGCCUGAUGAUGUGAGGCUGGUGGGAGGAGGCAGUCGCUGUGCUGGUGGAGUGGAGCAGUACGACGAGGGAGAGUGGAGGACUGUGGGAGCUGAAGACUUGAACAAGGAGGCUGUAGCUGCAGUAGUGUGUAGACAGCUGGGUUGUGGCUCCACUGUUUCAGUUCUACCUGGAAACACCACUAGAGGGUUUAGUGUUAUCUGUUCUGGGUCUGAGCCUUCACUGAGGGAGUGUUGGAGAAAAAAUGAUCUCUUUCCUGUAGUCACAGUGAUCUGCUCAGAUCUCCUGGUCCAGCCUGAUAUCUUCCUGACUGACUCAAUUGGAGGGGUCUCCAGGGGCCACCAGGGGCCUGAAGUAUUUAGGGGCUACAACUUCACCAUCACCUGCUCCACUCAGCCACAGUACCCAGGAGGCUCUUUCCUCCUCACGUUCACCGGCUCCAACAGAACCCAGACUCAGCCAGCUGUCAAUCACUCUGCUGCCUUCCUCUUCCCUGCUGCAGAUGGCUCCCACCAAGGGAACUACAGCUGUGUUUAUGACAAUUAUGUUUUCUCUCAUAACUUCUCCUCUGAGAGUGAGCUCCUCUCCCUCACCGUCACAGCCUCUCCUCUGCCAGCCUUCAUCAUCAGACACGUUGUAGUGCUGCUGAUCCUACUGACAGCCAUCACCACCUUCUACCUGUACUACAAGACCACCAGGAGGCAGAAGAGAGUGAACAGGGUGAGCAGCCUGGAUCUUUAUGUUGAUGCCAAUGCCAUGGAGAUGGUCUCUCUGAGCUCCAGAGCUGAAGCUGGACCGGGAGAGGAGAGAGCAGCCCAGGGGACUGAGUAGGAGUAGAAUGACGCUGACCCUACAUGCUGAUCUUAGGUCAGUUUUGUGUUUUAAAUCUAUGGUCAGCAGUGGACUGGUGUUUAUAAUGUGGUGACAAACCUUAAGUGGUUCUAAUUUUAAUAACAUGUUCAGAAUUAGUUUAUCUUUCUAGAACCUUGGAAGAAAUCUAAAAGAAGUGACUGCAACCACCAUUAUUCCUUUUAGUUUUAGUUUUUUGCUACCAUGGUAACAUGGGUUUGUUUUGUGUUACAGAAUUUAUAGUUUUUUGCUUUUGUCUUUAUCUUAUUUAGUGUUUCUCUUAGAUUCUUUAUCUUGAAGUGUUUCCAUUAUUAGUCCAUGUAUUAUUAUAAUCAUCUAUUCAUACUUAAAUAAAGGGGUCAACUUUUUCUCAAGUUAUUUUAGUUUUGUGUUUACCUCAGGAUGUUAUUGAUUAUAAAUGUUGUAGAUUAUUGUUAGGAUGUUAGUAGUAUAUAGAGAUAAUUGUUAUGAUAUUGAUUAGGAUGUAGAUUAUUGUUAUGUUGUUAGUAGUAUAUAGAUAAUGAUGUUAUUCAUUAUAAAUGUUAUGAUAUUGAUUAGGAUGUAGAUUAUUGUUAUGAUGUUAGUAGUAUAGAGAUAAUUAUGUUAUUGAUUAUAAAUGUUAUGAUAUUGAAUAGGAUGUAGAUUAUUCUUAUGAUGUUAGUAGUAUGAAGAGAUAAUGUUGUUAUUCUCUUAUCUGUGGGUUACAGAGAAGGUAUAGUACUUAGUGCAGGUCUGUAAUACAAUAGCUUGUUGUACAAAUCAAUGAAUAACUAAUGUAAAUGUAUUGAAUUAUAUCAAUGACAUUAAAGGUAUUGUUGACAGGUGUUAAUUCUACACUUGGUGGACAAAACAUUAGGAACACCUGCUCUUUCCCAGACAUAGACUGACCAGUUGAAUCUGGGUGAAAG